AUGGAACUCACUGGCAAGAUCCGAUGGACGAAGACAGCUGGCAGCGUGUCAGAUCGCUUCCAGGACUCCAGUGUGUUCAACGAUACAUUGCACAUUGCAAAGAUUCAGAGGACACAGGGGGGUCGUUAUUACUGCAAGGCGGAGAAUGGCCUUGGUUCUCCAGCUAUCAAGUCCAUCCGAGUGGACGUCUAUUACCUCGAUAACCCAGUGAUUACUGUGCAUCAAAGUAUUGGAGAAGCUAAGGAGCAGUUCUAUUAUGAAAGGACAGUAUUCCUGCGCUGCGUGGCCAAUUCCAACCCGCCUGUCCGCUACAGCUGGCAUCGUGGGAGGGAGGUCUUGACUCAGGGCUCCGACAAGGGCGUGGAGAUCUAUGAGCCCUUUUUCACACAGGGGGAAACAAAAAUCCUGAAGUUGAAGAACCUGCGUCCUCAAGAUUAUGCCAACUACAGCUGCAUCGCCUCUGUCAGAAAUGUGUGUGGGAUUCCUGACCGCAGCGUUAUCUUUGGACUCACCAAUAAGACAGCAUCUCCAUCUAUCAAACUACUGGUGGAGGAUCCAAUUGUGGUUAAUCCUGGUCAGACUGUGUCCCUGGUCUGCAUCACCACAGGAGGGGAGCCACCUCCAACCCUCACCUGGGUCAGCAGUAAUGACAGCCUGCCUCAGAGGAGCGUAGUGAAAGGAGGCACACUCACGCUGCCCGCCAUCACCUCAGAUGAAGCUGGGGUUUACAGCUGUGUGGCCAGUAACAAUGUUGGAAACCCGGCAAAGAAGUCCACCACUAUCGUGGUGCGAGCUUUAAAGAAGGGGCGGUUCUGGAUCACGCCUGACCCCUACCACAAUGAUGAUAACAUCCAGAUUGGACGUGAAGUCAAGAUAUCUUGUCAGGUUGAAGCGACGCCCCCAGAGGAGCUGACAUUUAGCUGGUUAAAAAACGGGCGCGCCCUCCGGAGUUCAGAGCGCAUGGUCAUUACUCAGACGGACCCUGACAUCUCACCGGGGACCACCAACCUGGACAUCAUAGACCUGAAGUUUACUGACUUUGGCACGUACACCUGUGUGGCUGCACUGAAGGGUGGCGGCAUCCCUGAGAUCAGCAUUGAUGUAAACAUUUCGUCCACAACAGUUCCUCCCAGCCUGACAGUCCCCCGGGGCAAGUCCCCCCUGGUGGCCCGUGAGGGUGACACAGUGGAGCUGGAGUGCCUUGUUUCAGGAAAGCCCAAGCCCAUCAUCCUAUGGUCGCGAGCAGAUAAGGAGGCCCCCAUGCCUGAUGGCAGCAUGCAGAUGGAGAGCUACGACGGUGUCCUGCGGAUUGUUAAUGUUUCCAGGGAGAUGACGGGGUCGUACCGCUGCCAGACCAGUCAGUAUAACGGCUUCAACGUGAAGCCAAGGGAGGCUGUGGUGGAGCUCAUCGUCCAAUACCCUCCUACAGUGGAGCCUGUUCACAUGGAGGUCCGUCAGGGUUUGGGGAGGCCAGUAGUGAUGACCUGCAGAGUGCUGCGAGCCCAUCCCUCUCGAGUGUUGCGGUUUGAGUGGCUGCUUUCAAACCGGCUGCUCCAUGCCGGGGCGUUUGACCCACACAAAGAUGAGACGGAGUACACGAUCCGCAGCCUGAAUCGUGAAGGCUGGGGCGAGUACACAUGCAACGUCAUCAAUGAGGCCGGAGCAGGCAAAUGCACCUUUCAAGUUACAGGUAAAGCUUACCCUCCAGAGUUUUACUACGAUACCUACAGCCCUCUGUGGCAGAAUAGACCCCGAGUCUAUGGCUUUAAGCUGCAGUGGACCCAGAUGAAUCCUGGUGCUGUGGACCGCAUUGUUGCAUAUAGACUUGGCAUCAGACAGGUGGGCUCGCAGCGCUGGUGGGAGCAGGAGAUCCCUGUGGGAGAUACCAUCGGCAAAGGGGAGCUCAUGACUCAUAACCUGACUGAGCUGAUAAAACCUGAAUCUUAUGAGGUGCGUCUUACUCCCAUCACUCGCUUUGGAGAAGGAGACUCAACCAUCCGGAUCAUAACCUACAGUGCUCCCAUCAACCCUCACCUAAGGGAGUUCCACUGCAGCUUUGAGGAAGAGCCGAUCUGCAUGUUUACCCAGGACAAGAAUGAUGAUUUUGAUUGGACAAGGCACAGCGCUGCCACCCGGGACACAAAGUAUACACCCAACACUGGCCCCAGCGCCGACCACACUGGGUCUAAACAGGGGUUCUACAUGUAUAUUGAAACAUCCAGACCACGUAAGAAAGGAGACGAGGCUCGGCUUGUAAGCCCCUUUUUCAACAUCGCACCCAAAAACCCUUAUGGCAACCCCAACCCGCCUGCAUACUGCUUUGGCUUCUUUUACCACAUGUAUGGAAAACACAUUGGAACACUUAAUGCCUUCCUAAAGCAAAAGGGCCAAAUGACCUUAGACGCUCCCGUGUGGUCGCUAAGUGGUAAUCAAGGUGACCGGUGGAAGCAGGCCAAAGUAAGCAUUCAUCCAACAUCAUCCUUCCAGGUUGUACUUGAAGGUAUCCGGGGCCCAGGAAUCGAGGGAGAUAUUGCUAUAGAUGAUGUCACGCUAGAGGAAGGGGAGUGUCGAGAUCCACCGCCCAAUAUCAGUGCCAAUGCUCUGUCCACAUCCUCCCAUAUAUGGCUGCUUUGCACCACCUUGGUGCUGACUCUCCUUGAAGGUCAAAGGUGACCCUUUUUCUUUGUCAUCUCGGAGGAGAGAGUUCAGACCCACCGUCUGUGAGCUAUACCCUCUGCAUCCAAUCACCAAAGAUUCAUGCAUACCGAAAGCAUCAGGGUCCCCAGAAGGACCACAGACCAUUGGGGGGAGGGCAGGGUGGAUUUUAUGAAAGACGACACAAAAAGUAAUAAAGAAAACUUGCUAAUCUUUAUUUGAAGAGACCUCUUCUAUGUAAAACGAUCCUGACUGCAGGACUCUGGAUUUUAUGAGCACAAGAAAGAGGAGUUCACAAGGGUUGAGGGAAAUCAGUUUGUGAAGCACAAGAAUCAUUUUGUCAAUAUGUGGAAAACAUUUUGGAUUGCAGCAAAACGCAGAUUGCUGGCUUUUUGAAUUUUGGGUAUUUCUUCCCUCCCUUGAAGUAGGUGAAAUCAGACCGUUUUUUUAUUUGUUUUUUUAUCCUUAUUUUUUUGCAGCAGAUGCUGAUCAUCAAUUUUUUUUUUUCCAUCCUAGCCCAGCCUCACACUUUGGCAUUUCCUUAUCUGCUUGGUGCUUUUCUGUAUGAAAAUCUGGAACCUGACAACAUUUAGUUAUGUCUGUUUAUCCCCCUGUAGCUGCCUACAUAUCUGAUAACACUGUGCUCACGAGUCCAAGUGGCAAACGGACAGUGUGGUGGCAGGGCUAAAGGUAGAACGCUUAGCGAGUUGUACACAGUAAAGUUCAAGUUGAGGGAGCUAAAACAAAAUUUGAAAGAGGAGAGAUCGGUUCAAAAGAAGAAUUUUGAGUGAAGAAACAGGCAGAGUAGAAAGAGAUCCAUUUAGUGUGCUGCCUGUGGAAAAGAAGCCACUUUACUUUCUGCCAUGAAACAAAAGUGCCUUCAGAUUACAAACCGAAUCGUGAGCCUGAGUGUUAAUCAACAUUGAACAAGUCUCUGUUCAUGUUUCCUUUGAUGGGCUAUUUUCUAUCUUUUUUUUUGCCCCACAAGUGCUGAAGGAAAGCAACACAAGCUCAGAGGGAGUACAGAAGUUGAGCUGCUCAAUUAUUAUUUUCCCCAUGGGACGGUUGCCUGUGACUCCAUGUGUGUGCGUAACAUGCCUGGGUCGUUGCAUUUUAUAACGUAAAGGGCAGCAAAACAGGCAGAGCUGGUGCCCACCCCUGGCCACACGCUCGGAAGGAAUGUGGAUAAAAAUGGAAAAAGGGAGGCUGACGAUUUCUUUCUUUCUUUUCUUUUUUUUUUAUUCUUGAAGAUGGUUCAAGAUCAAGCUAGUGGAUAAAGACAUCCAAGGAAUGAAUACCCUACUCUCUUCUCAUAAUUCUCCUUCCCUGUGGGCGAGUAUUUUUUAACUAAAGAGAAGAGCAACUACUGAAUAAAACAUGGAGUUGUACAGCGAGGAAAGCAAAAACUUCGGGACUCCAGGCUCUUCGUUAGGGUGAUGUGUCUCACCCGUCUCCACCACCAUUUAUAUGGAACAAUAUGAAAAUU